GUUUCAUUACAAAAUGAAAUCAUGUAGGGAUAAUUUUUUUGCUGGUCACUAGAAAGAUUCUGCCAACAAAAUUAGCCGAAAAUUAAGGACUAAAAAUUUGGGAGGAAGUUUUUUGAUGCGUUUGCUUAGGUCAAUGUCACGUUUGGUUGACUUAAAACGACAAAGAAAAAAUUUGCCGGCCGUACUACUUUUUUUUUGUUUUUUUUUCCCCCACUCCCCCACAACUCUCUCUGCUUAGUGCUUACUACUCUACUGCUACCCAAAAAAGAAGGAAAGUUUCCGUUUUCUUCUCCUCAAUUCUUUAUAAUCACCGCUUCAAUGGCCCUUUGAUCCACAAUGCUGUGAACCCGAAUCUAGAAGAUGGGUUUUGUUAAAAAUCAGUUUUUGGCAUCUGGAUGUGAAUGCUAGUGGUGGCGGUGGGAGAAACUGAGGAGGGAUUUUAGUAAUGGCUAGGCGUCAUGGGUGGCAGCUUCCUGCUCAUACGUUUCAGGUUGUGGCGAUAACUGUGUUUUUCCUCCUUUCGGUUGCUUUUUACGCCUUCUUUGCUCCUUUUCUUGGGAAGGACAUCUAUGAGUACAUAGCCAUCGGUAUUUAUUCAUUUCUGGCGCUCUGUGUAUUUAUACUUUACGUUAGAUGCACAGCUAUUGAUCCUGCUGAUCCAGGAAUUCUUAUUGAAGCUGACAAGACAGUGACUAACAAAUCGCAGAACAAUUCUGAGUAUCUUGAAGAACCAAGCAAAGUAGUAUUUAAAAAUGGAGAAAAAUCUGAUCGAUACAACUCAGGUUCUUGUUCUAUAUUUGGAGGGGUCUUCUGUUGUAUUUUUGUCAAGGAAGAUUGUAGAAAAGAUGACAACGUGCAUGAGCCUAAUGGUGAGGAAGAAGCUUUAUUUUGCACUCUGUGUAAUGCUGAGGUCCGCAAAUUCAGUAAGCACUGCAGGAGCUGUGACAAAUGUGUUGAUGGAUUUGAUCAUCAUUGCCGGUGGUUAAACAAUUGUGUGGGCAGAAAAAAUUAUAUUACCUUCGUGUGCCUAAUGGCAUCAAGCCUUGUUUGGCUUAUUUUUGAGUGUGUCAUGGGCAUUUUGGUCCUUGUUCGAUGCUUUGCUGAUAGAAAGGCUACUGAGAACCAAAUAACUGAACGGCUUGGGGAUGGAUUCUCUCGACCCCCAUUUGCCACUGUAGUGGCAAUCUGCACAUUCGUAUCUUUUCUCGCCACAUUGCCUUUGGGUGAACUGUUCUUUUUCCACAUUAUAUUGAUUCGAAAGGGCAUCACAACUUAUGAAUACGUAGUUGCAAUGAGGACCCAGAGUGAACCUCCUGGACCCUCAGUUGAUGGAGAUGAGCAGCAGAGCUUGCCAUCAUCGCCAACGAGUUCGGCUGUAACUGCAAUUAGUGGUAGAAGUUCUGUUGGAAUGGGGCUGCCAUAUAAAGGUGCUUGGUGCACCCCUCCUAGAGUAUUUAUGGAUCAUCAGGAUGAAAUUAUCCCUCAUCUUGAGCCAGGAAGAUUACCAUCUACUGUUGAUCCUGAUGCACUACAAGCAGAGAAGGGAAAGAGGGUUGCACCGCAGCGUCCAGUGAGAAUUAGUGCAUGGAAACUCGCAAAAUUAGAUUCUCACGAGGCAAUUAAAGCUGGUGCCAAGGCAAGAGCAUCAUCAUCUGUUCUUCGUCCAAUAAAUUCUAGACACCAUCCAUAUGAUGCUGAUCAUCUAUCCAGCAAUAUGAGUGGUAAAAGCAGUCCAACAAGCACGAACCAAGGAUUCUACGGAAGGAAUGGUAAAUCGAGGUUGUCUUCUGCCAAGAGCUCUUACCCACCUAGUCGGGCUAGCAGGGAAGAAGAUAUCGAGACCUGCAGUCAUAAUAGCUUGAUGAGUAACAUGAGCAGUCCUCUUGCGGCGAAUCUCACUCCUUCCCCCUUAGGGCUGCAAGAAUCUUCUAGUAGAGGCCACUUUAAUCCAAUGUAUCUAUCCUCAGCCGAGCAAUCCCCAUGGUCAGCGAAAGGCGAUGGUGGUGCUAAUGAAGCUAAUAUUCGAGAAAAUGUUAACCAAAUGGCAGCCGCAGCCCGAAAAUCCACUCCUGGUGUUGGCACAGGAACCCCUACUUCAUCUGUGUUUUGGGAUCAGGAAGCUGGUCGGUUUGUUUCUGCUGCCGGCAGAAACACCAGUUCUUCCUCCCAGUUGCCUGGAACCGAGCUUACAUUUACCGGGCAAUCAAUAUUCUUUGGUGGUCCUCUCGUGAACGAACAAUCAGCCCGAGGGACGAGAAGUGGUAUCGCUGGCAAUAGCAAUGUUCCGGGAAGCGGAACACAACGAAGCUCCUCAACAAGUUAUUAUCAGCAAGGGAGGUCUCAGAGAGGAGGUCAGCUUCCUGUAUUUGUUCCAAGCGAUUCCCAGCAGCAAAACCAGUUUUCUUCGUCUUCCCGAUAUCAACAACAUUGAGUGAUUAUAUUUGGUAGUAAAGAAACAAGAAAAUUGUAGGGAGGGAUAGAUGUCAAGUUUAGCUCUUUGGAUUCAACCAUGUAAUUUUCUUUCUUUGGAGUUUGUUUUUAGGCUUCAAUGAUCUAACAUAGCCAUCAGUUGACCUAUAAGUAAUCUGAUCUGACAUACAUAGAUUAAUCUGAAAUUUGCUUCAUUUUACACCUGAUAGUAGUCUCAUUAAUCCUCAUUUCUUCAUGGUUUUCCUACAUUUGGAUUGGAGUUAAUAUUAUCAGGAUACUUUUUGUCAUUUGACACGUAAAAGUUAUUUCACUAGAUAGGGUCGGUUAUAUUGUCAAUUUCACUAGAGUUAUUUGAGGUGAAAGUUAUUAAAAUCCACAAUGAAUUGUUCUAGAAAUAUCUCAUUGUGGAUUUUAAUAAAUAUCUAAUGAAAAAGUGAGAUAAUUCUUGAACCCAAAUUUUAUUACAGUUUCAUGCAAAUUAACGUACGAC